UUCUCUGAAACAAUUGUGGCAAAAGAAAAAUUGUGCAUUGAUUGUGAUACUGGUACCUUAGCAUUCACAACUAGAUUCCAAGGGCAUCCAGAUUUGUGUUUUGUAUAUCUUGUGCAUCAUGAUGGACCACUCAGUGAACCUCCUGAGGUCCGGCUGGUACUAUGAGAAGCGGGAGCUGCGGCACACGCCCAGCAUUCAAGCGGGCCUCACCAUGGAUCAGGAGACACAGUAUCGUCGGGAAGGAGCACGUUUUAUCCUGCAGGUUGGGAACAAGAUGGGGCUUCGCUACGAGACCAUGGCCACGGGAGUUGUCUACUUCCACCGCUUCUACAUGGUCCACACCUUCCAGACCUUCCCCAGACAUGUUACUGCAUGUUGCUGCCUUUUCCUAGCUGGGAAGGUGGAAGAAACACCAAAAAAGUGCCGUGAUAUCAUGAAAACUGCGAGGAGCCUUAUUGAUGACACGACAUGGGCUGAAUUUGGAGCUGAUCCUCGUGAAGAAGUAAUGACUCUUGAAAGAAUUUUGCUGCAGACAAUCAAAUUUGAUUUCAUUGUGGAACAUCCAUAUACCUACCUCCUCAAGUAUGCCAAGUGCCUUAAAGGUGACAAAAAGAGACUACCAAACAUGGUACAAAUGGCAUGGACAUUUGUGAAUGACAGCCUAUGUACCACCCUAUGCCUUCAGUGGGAACCAGAAAUCAUAGCAAUUGCUCUCAUGUACUUGGCGGGGAAGCUGAGCAAGUUUGACGUCACAGACUGGGUAGGCCGCAUCCCCAAACACCAGCGCUGGUGGGACAUGUAUGUCGAAGGGAUCUCCAUGGAGCUGCUGGAAGACAUCUGUCACCAGGUGCUGGACCUGUACUCACCCAACCGCUCCGAGGCAGGCGGUGCAAGCAGCGAACCAUCCAUCACCAUGCCCUCUGCUACCCCAAGACGCCCAGUAACGCCCACACAGAGCAGCAGCACUGCGCCCCCGCCUGCCAAGAAGGCUAAGAAGGAGGAGGUGAAGUCAUCGCCAGUGAAGCCAGAGAGCACACCACAGCCCCAGCCAUACCAGUACCCCUAUGCGUACCAAAACUACCCCCAGGCACCCUAUUCUUCGCAGACCUCCACACAGGCAACGCCUACAACGCCCACACCACGCUACCCAUACCCAUACCCACCCUCCACCACACAGGGUCCUCCUCCACAGGCUCCACCUCCACAGGCACCGCCUCCAACAUACCCCAACCAGCAGAGGCACUACCCACCGCCUGCAGUCACGACACCCCAGGCACCACCCCCACACUACGCGACACAGCCCCCACCUACACACUAUUCAUCGGCCAGCCAUCCACCCUCAACAUACCACCAGCCAGGCGCGGGACACACCCGCCCCCCCAACCAGCCUCCCCCCUCUCACUAUGCGCCGCCUCCCCAUGGCUCAACGUCCUCUUCCUACUAUCCCCCGCCCCCUUCAACCAACAAUCCUCCCCCAAACUAUCCCCCAGCGGGCCCUUCCUCCAACUAUCCUCCCCCCAGCUCCUAUCCCCAUUCCAGCUCAAGACCAUACUACCCGCCUUCUUCGUAAUCGUUAGCAUGUAAUUAGAAGAGAGAUUAUUCAUAAAGCCGUUCUCUGAACACCCAAGUACAACAAUUUUAAUUGCAAAAUUGUAUUCAAUUUGCAAUUACCGCAUUUUUUGGGGGAAGGCUUCUGGACUUUCUCAGUUUUGAGCAAAUGCAUGUGGAUUAUAAUUGCUUCACUUUGGAGGGAAUUAUUUUUCCAU